UAUCACAGACAGCCAGGUCAAGGAAGCCCCCGCUGAGCCCCUGAGCGUUCCUGCUGCCCUGGUCUCCUAGGCCUGGUCCUGAUCCUGAUCCGGAGACCAUUCCCUAACUAUGGCCUCUCCUUGCUCAGCUGUCCUGCUAGGGGAUUCAGCUGCUUUUGCUGCCGCCCUCAGGACUCUUAUCAACAACCCACAGUUCAGUGAUGUAACAUUUCUGGUUGGCAGAGAGCAGAAGGAAAUCUUUGCCCAUCGCUGCCUCCUCUCUUCCCGCUGCCAGGCAAUCCAUGCAAUGCUAAGCCAGCCCCAGGAGAUACAAGCCCCACUGAUCCUGAGCCACGUGCAGCCAGAGGUGUUCCUUGCAGUCAUUGAGUAUCUGUACACCAAUAAUGUCACCCUCAACAACAACAUUGCCCUGGAGGUCCUGACUUCAUCCAUAGAGUAUGGGCUGGAUGACCUCAGAAAGCUAUGUGUUGAAUUCAUCAAGGACACACUGAGUGUGGAGCAGGCCUGUGAGGCCUUUCAGGCAGCUGUAGCAUAUGGGCAGGUGGAUUUGCAGAUGCAUUGCCUGGCUUUCAUCGAGAGUUGUACUCAGGAUGUGGUGCUAACACGUGGCUUCUUGGAAUUGUCGGAACUGGCAGUGCAAACUAUCUUGCACAGUGACUGUUUGGCCAUCGAUGAGGUGAAGCUGAUUCGUGCUGUUCGGGAAUGGGCUCAUGUUGGAUCGUAAGCUGUUCUGGACAGGACUGUGCACGAUGUGCAGCAGCAGUGGUGCCAGGGGCUGCGUCUGGAUCUGCUGUCACCCAGUGAGCUGACCACGCUGGAGGAGGAGAACAAGAAGGACCAAAUGAUUCCAGUGGAAAUCCUGGCUCAGGCCUGGAAGAUGCAUGCCCUACGGAAGGGGUGUGGAAUGCGAUCCUCCUUGUGUCCACGCCGGCGUGGAACACUGUCGCGAGGAAACUCCAAACACCCCCUUGACCCGCAGCACACAAGUGACAGGGUGACACCUGAAUAA